UCUAAGUUUCGGCACCUAACUUGUCACCUUGUAAACCUUUCUUUACAAUAUAUUUUUUCCAUUUGAAAAAAAUCUGUUCCAGUAUUAAAUGUUAGCUUUUACUUGAUGAAUCUUUUCCACACAUUUCUGUGGAUGUCACAUUUUUUUAAAGGUACUCUGAUCAUCUAUAUUAACAAUGGAUAAAAUAACUGGAGUGCUCAUAGUGAUGUACCCACAGAGAACAAUCACCUGACUGUGUGGAUCACUUUAACAUCUUUCAGGUCACAUUGUUUGGUUUUGCGGCUACUAUAAUGUUUUGGUUCACUCUCUCAGCUCUCAUCAACCUUGUUUCCAGACAUGGUAAUAGGCCAGGUUUUCAGCAAAAAAACAACCUCUGAUAAACCCAUUAUACACUACGUGCCCAUCAUCAAACAGCCAAAAUAGUGGCACAUUUUACAUUUAAAGAGUAACAUAUCUCUUAAUUAACAGGAUAUUUGCAUUCUUUGGGUGGCCAGAAAUGUAAUUCCAAAUGAAUGCUUAUGUUACCCCAUGUCUGUUGGAUUGUUGUGUGCUAUGUUGCCCUGAACUGGCCAAAUAAAAUCAAUUAAUGCAAGUUUAGGGGCUCAUUAACUCAUAACUUUGCCCAAGGGGGCACUUCCUGUAGGUGACAUAGGCAGCUGCCUAGGGUGCCAGACAGAGGUGGGCACCAAAAUUGCACCCAGAAAAAAAGAGUGACAGACAGACUCUCCAGCAGCAGCCCCACAGCGGAGAAGCCGGUCUGUCAGCGCUUACGGAGCGGAGGAGCACCACAUCCGCUGCUCGUAACGCGAGUACUCACUGGUAUGGACACCGGAGGAGAGCACUGACCAUCCCGGAACCAUGCCUACUGUUCUCGGUGGCAAAGGGAAACUUUCCAUUAUCUCUUUUUUGCUCCGAUGCGCAUAUUCUCAGGUAACAAGAAGCCAACACAACAGCUGUGCCAAAGAUAUUCUGGAGGACAUGACUCAGUCCUGGCCGUCCCAGCAAGCCUUAGGGGGUGACCAGACCCAACGAAUCCUCUACAACCUUAAGGAUGGAAAACAGCUGACUACACAACAAAGGCAAAGUCGGGGGGAUGUUCCACUACGAAUGACCCGUCACCCUCACGUGGCGCCUCACAAAUCCAUGCUUGCUGAUGACCUGCAGCUGAGCAGUGAUGAGGAUGACACCCAAAGGGCAACUGAUGAGUCAGCAACCUGGGAUGGACACAGCCUGUCAGCGCAGCGAGCGCACACACAUGGCAGGCGGGUGAGACAUUCCAGCUCGGACUCUUCAGGCUCAGACUCCACUGCUGGGUCGGUCAGCAGUAGCCUUCAUUCCCGGAGCUCCAGCCCAGAAGCUCAACCAGAUCCUACGUCGCCUGCCAACACGCAGCCCCCGUGUGACAACAAGGAGACCAAUCACCCCUCUGCUGCCCAGUGGCAGUUGGAUAAGUGGCUGCAGAAGUCCCGGAAAAAAUCUGCCAUCAGUGAGUGUUAUCCCACCCAGAGCAUUCCAGGACGCCUGCCCUCUCCACAAACCCAGCGAGCCCCGUCUCCAGCUAGGUGCUGGGACAGCAAUCAAGAAUACAGCCCUAGCCAAAGCCCCAUUCCCAGCCCACAGUUUAAUUACAGCCACAACAACAGCCCCUUACCGAGCCCAGGGUACAGCUUUUGCCCCAGCCCCAGCCCAUUCCCCAGCACCUGUCCAAGUCCCAGCCCUAGCCCAAGGCCCAGUCUGAUCCUCAGUCCAAUUCCAAGUGUUUGCCCCAGUCCGUGUGGGAGCCCGAGAGCUAGCCGUAGCCCUAGCCCCAUACCUGUGGCCAGAGACCCUCCAAGAAGCCCAAGUCCCAUCUUACCUCCCUCCAGGGUUCAUCACUACUCCGAGGUUCAACGUCAUCAUCAGCUGAGCCAAACACAACCUAGUCUAACAAGUACUCCCCACAGGAAGAAAAUUAGGUCAUGGUUUGCCCAGUUGCCUAACACCGACGCCAAGAGCAAGCCCACGAAUAGUACUCAUCCUCAGCCACCUCAUCCUCACAGGCCCAAGUCUAGACCCACACAAGAACAAGACAAAAGCCAAAACAAAUCCAAGGCCUCUGCAGUUUUGAACUCUAAUGAUAAUCACAGCCACAAAUCUAGACCCAAGCCUAAUAUUCAUCCAAGCUCUAAACAACUUGCUGAGGCUCCCAAAGCCAAACACACAUCACAUUUUGAACAAAAUUUCAAUUCGAGCAACUCCAAACAAAAGUCCCGGCCUUUAGUUCAACCUAGGUCACAACAUAGCCCCACAAGAGCAAAGCAUUUAACUCCCACUAGUCGUGAAACCAACGCUGGUCACAGUUCUAAUCCCCAAUCUACCUCUAAAGCUGCCAGUAAUUCUAUUACUGGGUCGAACUCUAGAGCCAGUCCUAGCCUAAAACCUAGGGCUAUAGCCCCAACUCCUGUGCAUGUUAAUCAUAGCAAAACAUCACAGAAGAAACCUCAGUCCAAGGAACGGGAGGCAGACCAUAGAGAAGCUCAUCUCACCCAAGCAGAGGGGAGAAAACACGAGAGAAAAGAGGACAGACAUAGGGAAACCCAACAAGGGAAACAGGAGAGAAAGGAAGACAGGAGGCUGGCGGAGGAGCAGCUACUGAGACGUCCCUGGAUCCAGAGUUCAACAGAAGAGGACGAGGAAGAGGAGGAGGAGGAGGGAGCAAAAGAGAGGCAGAGGAGGAGAGAGGAGACAGAAAGAGGGGAAAACAGGAGGAGUAGGGACCAGCAACAUAGACGCGAAUGGCAAACAGUCCAGGCCAAACAGAGACUGCCUACCAGCGUCGAGCGACACCGCCUUCAAGACAACUCACAACACCCAGGCAGGACAAAAAAGGGAGGGAGAAGUGAAGAGAAAGAGUCACACCCAGACCCUUCACCUCCACCUUCACGUACCUCUACUCCUCAUACACCAUCCUCCUCAUCCUCUGCCUCUUCCUCUUCAGAUUCAGAAUCUGAAUAUCCAGCCCAAAUCACCAAAGUUCCUGCAGACUCUACCUCCCACAAGAGACUCACCAAGAGAGGCCAACGAGGCCCAGGCAGACCUGACGCCAACAAACCGAAGGCAGUGCACCCUAAGGGACCCACUUCAGGAAAUCCAAGUGAGGGACAGCAAAGUGAGGGGAGGCCGAAACUUUACACCCUGGUCCCAUUUGGGCGAGGUGAAAAGUCCACAGCGUCCUCCCAGCGUGGGCUGAGAAAUCUGGUGGUGCAGAUAGACCUCUGUCUCCUUAAAAGGGUCCCAGACAGCACUACCAAUUCCCCUGUUAAAAAACCCUCUUCUUCGUCCAGCAAGGACAAGCAAAGAGAGGCUAUGAAACACCUGUUCACGCCGGACACUGUGACGAAGGAUGGCAAAAGGAAACGCAAGCCGGAGAAUGGUGUGUCACACAGAGAAAGCAAGAGGAGUAUUCCUUGUACAAAUGACCUCUCAGGCCACACAGAGUCUUCAUUUCAUGCAACUGAGAACAACUUUUCGACUGUGACCACACACAAUGGGUACUUGGAGGAGUACUUGGACAGCAAAAGGCCACUGUCACCCCUGUCUCCACUGUCCGUCAGCCCCGAGUCCACCAAGCCGCCUUCCAAAACAAAGAAUACUGAUGUGCAUCAUGUCAACACUCACAAGAACAAAGACAAGAACAGAGAUUCUUCUGUAAAGCCUAAGAUGGAAGUGGAAUGUGUGAAGGUGUCAGGACAGCCCCAGCCACCGUCUGAGUCCUGGGGCCCUGCAGGACACAGGGGGACAAUGCCAAACCAUGAAACCCACCACCAUGCUGAGUACUACUUACAUGAAGCCAAACGGAUGAAGCACCGUGCAGAUGCAAUGGUGGACAAGCUGGGGAAGGCUGUGAAUUACGUAGACGCUGCUCUCUCUUUCAUGGAAUGCGGGAAAGCAAUGGAGGAAGGGCCACUUGAGGCAAAGUCUCCCUAUACCAUGUACUCAGAGACAGUGGAGCUUAUAAGGUACGCAAUGAGGCUAAAGAGCCACUCCGGCCCUGGGGCCAGACAGGAAGACAAACAGCUGGCGGUUCUGUGUUUCCGAUGCCUUGCCCUCCUUUACUGGCAGAUGUUUCGUUUAAAGAAGGACCAUGCACUGAAAUACUCCAAAGUACUGCUGGACUACUUUAAGAGUUCUCCCAAAGUGCCUACAACACCACCCGGUUGGAAUGACACUGGGAAGGAUAUCGGAGGACCCCCUUCUUCACUUUCACCCAAUGCCAAACACCUCAGACGGGGUUCACAUGGGGGCAACACCUCCCCCUCUCUCAUAAGCAUUCCCCAACGUAUCCACCAGAUGGCAGCAAAUCACCUGAACAUUACUAACAGUGUCCUGUACAGUUAUGAGUACUGGGAGGUGGCAGACAACCUAUCAAAGGAGAGUAAAGAGUUCUUCAACUACUUGAAUACUUUGUCUGGGCCACUUACGCUUCACAGUAGCAUUGCUCAUGCAGUCCAGUAUACCAGACAGGCUCUCCAGUGGAUACGCAUUAGUGCCAAACUUAACUAAACAUCAACUAGAUCUCCAGGCCUCACUUAGAAGAGACGAAGCCCUGGAUCAUCUCUACGCAGCUGACAGGAUAGCACUGAUACCUACUGUGCUGCGUGAAAUGCAGAUGGAUGAAAUCCUUUGGAGUCUGACAUCUGUCAUCCUUAUAGGAUGGUGGGGUUCUCGGCUUCCAGGUCUUACUGUGUGCAAAGCCUUCUAAACCACGACCCUGCCUGUAUGGUCAUUUUAUCAGAGAAAAUGAAGCAAUCUUUGGACUUCUCAUAGAUGAACAUGCACCUUCUUCCUAUUCCACCAUUGGAUUAAACUAGAGAGUUGUGUGCACUGUGGAUUUGAAGUUAUCAUUUGCCAAAUGUCCCAUUGUGACAGAAAUAUGACUCACACAAGCCUUUUUCAUACUUUGGAAACAAUCAUGAUCCAGCGUGCUGUUUCACUGGGGCCAAAACAGGAGACGAUGCUGAAAGACUGACCAAUCAUGUACCACUUUCUCCGAAGUUGAAAGCUUGUCUGCAUCUUUUUCUAAGGAAGUUUUUAAUGACUUAAUUUUUAGAUCUCUAAUAUUUUUACUUUUAUGUGUUUUUACUGUGCAAUAUUUGAUGGAUUAUCUGUUUUUAGAAAAAAAGAGAAAAAUACAAGAGAAUUAAUUGUGUGGGUCUAGUUGCCAACAUUCCAGGUCCCAUUUUGUGUUUUUGUCCUUGCUUUGAGUGUGGGAUUGUGUGAUUGAAGUUGAAAGAAGUUAAAGAGGUCAGAAAUCCUCUUGAAGAUCCCUUGAAGAGUUUUAUUGUUUGCUUUUUCAUUUCCAGCUUGUAUUAUAGUGCAUUUCAUACCAGGCAGCAUAGACUAAGAGAAGACACAUCUCGAGAUGAAGACGUAGUUCUACAGAGCAUGAUGAGUGGCACAGGAAACGUAGCAUCGCUAUCAAGGUGUUAACCUUAUAUGUCCAAUUUUGGUCAUUUUUAUUUUUUUAUAAUUUUAACCUCAACAACAACUGAAUGAUUACAAGUCCUCUGUGGAUGUUGAAAUGAAAUGUUUAAAACUCUCUCAAAACCACCUGGAUGCCAGCUAUCAGACUAAAAAAGGUGUUUUACCUCAUGAAAGGGUGACAUUUUACAAAUAUAGGUGUAC